AUGUUGGCGGAGCUGGCCUACAAGAACGAGGAUACAGAAUCAGCAGCAUCCAGCCAGAAGUUCCCAGCAGCCGCGAAGAUGGGUCUCUGUGACACCAACGUCUCCAACAGCGAGGUAGAGCGAAGGCGGUCCUCUUCCAUAAAACCGUUAACUCGGACAAAAAGCAUUUUUGAGCCAACUUACAUGAUGGAGCCGAAACAAAACCAGUUUUUUGUCUGGUAUAAG